AUGGUUAAUUCAAAGAUUGGAGAUCAGAUUAGAUUAAUCGACUUUGGUUCCGCUCAGAAAAUUUCUCCUAGUGAGAAAUUAAAAAAUGUAAAAUUAAACUUUUUAUUUGCAGCACCUGAAACUAAUACUAAAAACUAUGAUUAAAAAUGCGAUGUAAUCAAAAUUCUUAUUAGCCGCUUACACGUACUUAGUGAGCUGGCAACUGACCAAUGCAGAGAUAGACCCAAUAAGAAAGAUUUUUUAGAAAAUAGAUCGAUAGAAAAAUGGAGUGAUUUCACAAAAAGAACUAGAAGUGACAUUUAAAAAGUAUUUUGA